ACAACUGAAUUUCUGACCCUUGGACCAUGAAUACACCAGUAAUUGCGCAAAUUAGUUAUGCGGUAAAUUACAUGUUAAUUUCAGUAAUAUUCAUAUUAUUGAAAUUGUGCAAUUUGAUAUCUACAAUAUAAUUAUAUAUUUUUCGUGUUUGUGUAGAAUACAACUUUCCAUGUAUUUCAUACUAUAUAAGGAUUAUUAUUAUUAAUUUAAUGAAACUAGUUGUAACACGAAAAUUUACUCUACCCCCUUCUACACGUUUCAUUUCCUGCCAGCUAUAGAUGUAAUUAUACAGUUCAGUGUAGACGUAUAAAAGCAUUCUUGUUUAUUUUAAAUAUAUUAGCUAUAUACACAAAAAUUCGCACGGUUCUACACCUCGAGGUCAACUUAUGGUGAUCUUGUAUUGCUCUACAGUUGACCGUAAAAAUCAACACCUAAUGUAAACAUAAAAAGUAUAUAAAGCAUUGACGAUUUAUGUCCACUAUAUUGGAAAAAAGACGACCAUAAUCAACUAUAUUUUGACUUUUGGUAGACUAUUGCGUUAGCCUAUCCCAAUCACCUAUUAAGCGAAACCCCACAAUAGGUGGAAACUACCUCCUUAGUUGGUCACGAGGAAAGGUUGGAGCGGCGCGCAGAUUGUUAUAUAAAAAAAAGUAGCUCCAUAACAGUAGUCAGUCCAUAUCCUGAUGUUUCCUGUCAUGAAGUUCUACGGUCUAGUUGCUGCGAUAGCUAUCGCAAUAACCCGCGUGGUUCUGGCAGGUGAUUCAGAUAAAAUCCAAGUGCAUCGCCCUCCAGCCGCUGCACAUGACGAUUUUGAAGCAGACGUGGUUAUCGUUGACGUUGAAGAAGUGUUAGAAUCAACUACAACAUUGACGACAACAAUUGAUAUCGCGAAGCUACAUGAAACUGUCGUAACAAAGGAUGUUAUCGAAGUGAAUACCGUCUUCCAUACCGCUUCUACUUCCACUCUCUUUACAGAUAUAUUUACAGCAUCCACAUGGGAUAACUGCUUCUCCACCACAACCCAUUGUUACACGAUCUACCAGACCAUUACUCAAUCUAAAACGCCUAUUUUCAUCACAUACCCUGGUCACACCAGGACAGUCACGCAGUCGCACUACUACCUUGCCACCGCAACAACCACUAUGUCCAAAUAUUGCCCAAUGCCGAUGUGGUGAAUGGACUGGAUCCUUAAAUUCCAACAUGCAUUGUCUUGAGAUUUAUCCUACAAUAAAUUCCUAUAUCAG